AUGGAAAGCGAAAAACAAAGUACUGAGAGCGAGAGACAGCCUCUACACUGGAGAAGUUGCAAGCUGGUUAUAGAUCCUGCGCUGACGAACGGGCUGUACAAAGUGUACCGUUAUGAUGGACAAUACUUUAACCUGCCGGUUGAGGACCUAGGUCUACUUCCUGUGAUCACAGUCAGAGAUCCGCGCAUCUGCCGCCUGUGGAGCAGGUGUCUCAAGACUGACUUCGUGGUUCCCAAAUUUAAGAUUGAUGAGUGGUACGUUGCUCCCGUUCCUCCCAAAGAAGUGACAUUUUGUAAGCUCAACGACAACGUGAAUGAGACUUUCUUGACUGAUAUGUGCAAAAAAUAUGGGAACAUGGAAGAAGUGGAGAUAUUUUACAAUCCCCAAAACAAGAAGCAUUUAGGUAUCGCAAAGGUCACGUUUGAUACAGUAAGGGCUGCAAGAGACGCUGUCCAGCACCUGCAUGAGACAUCAGUGAUGGGAAAUAUUAUUCAUGCGGAACUUGAUCCAAAGGGGGAAAAUAGAGCUCGAUAUCUCCAGCUCUUGUUAAGUGGGCUGUAUACGCCUUGGACGUUGCCGGUGGGCAGCAGCGAACGGGCUCUUCAGGGCUUAGUUGACAGUUUGCUGGGAAGCUCGGCCACACAGCAGCUGGGAAGUGUCUGCAGCCCCACCAGCAUUGCUACGCCCCUCUCUCUGGACACAGCCUACUCCAGUAUUUGUCAAGACACACCUUGCAGCUUUGGGCUUACACCACGUUCUCAGGGAACCCCCCGGACUCCCUGCUUGCCUGCGACUCCUCUCUCCUCCCACGACUCUUGCUAUUCCAGUCUUCAGGCGACUCCCAUCCUCCAAGGGGAACCCUCCGCCUAUAGUGUUCACAAACCUUUAAGACAAGAGCUCUGCCGUCGUAGACGACAGCACAGGGGACUUAGCCACGUCUCAAAUGUUAGCAUCAUUCUGAAGCAGUUCCAGCCACAGCAACCACAUCCCCUCUUAACCAAAACACAAACUAGCAGCCAGCAGCUUGCAUUGUGGAGUCCCAGUGCACAAACCUCCUCUAACAAUAGUGACGAGGCUCCCUUUUGUCUCACCUCCCCUUUUCAGGAGACUGAAGAUGUGGUUAACACAAGUUAUGCAUCUUCACCUCUGAACGGCAACUCUCGCGACAUCCUGACUGUUGAUCUCUCAGCUGACCUGCAAACUAGAACAGCUUCUCCAUUUGAUAACCACCAGCCGGAGGCAGCUGUUUCAAGUCUAGACUCCCGAAUUGAAAGUUUGCUGAUAAACAGCCAGAUCACUGACCCCUUAUGCUUUCAUGGAAAGACGUCUGAGACCGAUCCAUCCUCUCAAGAGAGCCCGGCUUCACCUGGCUCACCUCUUAAGGUCUCUUCCUCGGAUGACUCCCAGUUUUGUACCCCACCGUCUUGUGAAUCCCCCACAAGCGGCCACCAGUACUCCCACAAUGAUGCUGUGGAUGAAAAUGAAGAGGACGAAACUACUCGAGCUGUUUCAUUUCUUACAAGAAGUUCCCAGUCUCCCUGUCCGUCUGAUGUUGCUUAUUCAGAAAGCUUAACACACAUAAACAAUGAAGAAGAUGCAGAGAGGGUCCAGCCAUCGUCAGGCCCAAAGGAACACUGUGCAGCACAUCAGGAGAAGAAGUCCUCAAAUAACAGACAGUUUGAAGCUGUGACACCAGCAGAAGACCUCUCUCUGCCCGAUCCUCCAUCCGGUUGUUCUUCCAGUUCCACCGCUCAGCAACUUACCCUGAAAGCUCUUCCAACUGUUACAGCUGGAUUCUCCCAACCCCCAGCACCCCCUUUCCUUUUCCCCAUUCCUCGAUUUCCCCCCUCUCUUCCACCUGUUCCACCUCGCCUGCCAGAUGGCACCAUCCCGAUCCCUCCUCCAGGAUGGAUGCCACCUCUGGGCCACAAAGCUGCCAUCCCCAUUCCUCCUCCCCCCAUUCCACCUCCUACUCCAAUUCCUCCUCCACCAACUUUCCUGAGACCCCCUCCACCUUUGAUAGCACCACCCUCUGUUCCACCUCCUGUGCACAUGUUCCCUUUACCCAUACAGCCGGGGUGUCCUUUGGAUAAGGGGAAUCCUCCAAGGCAUGGCGGUCCACCAUUGCCAUUCCCUCCUCCUCCUCCUCUCUGGCCUGCACCUCCUUUUCCAAGGUUUAAUCCCUUUGUGCCACCACCAAUCUACCCACCUGUGCAGGCAAAUCCCCACAAGAUCACAACAGAAAAAGUUUUAGAUAUCCUCAUGGAUGAACUGAAGUCAAUCAUAAAGAAGGACAUUACACGUAGAAUGAUUGAAGGGGUCGCUUUCAAGGCAUUUGAAGACUGGUGGGAGCAUCAGGAGAAGAAGGCAAAGGUGAAAAAAGGGGACGACAUAGUGAGAGCGACGUCUGAGAGAGGCAAACGCAGACACGCAAGACCACUGGACCUGGACAGUGAUGAUGAUGAUAAUGAUGAUGGUGGUGAUGCUGGGAAAGAAGAUAAGAUACUUCAAGAUGAAGAAGCGAUACCAGACAAAGUGAAGGCUUUUGUGCUGUAUGAGGAUGAGCCGCACAUCCUGUCUGACAGAGAUGCUCAUGGUGAUGAUGAAGGUGAUGAUGAUGAUGAUGAUGAUGGCAGUAAUCAUACUGCGGAAGAAAAUAGUCCGAUGGAGGAUCGAUGUGACGGAGAGCAGUGCUUAGACAUCGAGGUUUUUUCAGAGGACAGCGAGCACACGUCGGACUCCGACACUUCAGAUUCGCUCUCCUCGGGGGGCUUUGAGGACACGUCGUCUGACCUGACCACUGAAGGUGAAGACACCGAGGAGGACAGCGAGGACGCCGGGAGUGAAGAGUGUAUAGUCAUAUCAUCAGAUGAGGACUCAGUGGAGCUCGAGCCCCCUCUUACCCCCUCAGCCCCACUGACCCCUGGUGCUCAGCUGCAUCUGGACCAGCACGGCUGGUCAGAGCUGUUCCCAAGGCAGGAAACGGAGGAGGACCAGUACACAUCGUGCCACGAAGACAACUGUGACUUCGAUGCCAUGAUGGAGCUCCAUACCAGCGAACCCCAGGACCUGCUGCCCCCAUCACCUCUAGGACUCUCAGCAGUGGAGCCAUGCCUUGAUAUGGAGAUGGAAAGCCCUGAUUGGACAGUGGAGUCUCCAGAGAACAUAAAAAGCCUGAGGCCUCCCACUCCUACAGGCCGUUUGGUGGACAGUGACGCUGACAUCCUUGUAAAAAGCAGACCAUCAUCACCUGCUGCAGAGGAGGAGGAACGGCCGCCAACACCAGGCAAGGGAAUAGUGGCAGGACUGGAAAGUGAGAAUUCAGAGGAAGUCCUCUCCCUCUCCCCAGCAAGCGAUGGACUCGCUCAGCCUCCCUCUGAUCUCCUCAUGGCAUCAUACCCAUUAUGCCAGGAGAUGCCUAAGACUCCUGGCAGAGAUGAAAGAGGUGUGUGGACUCAUUGUAGCUCAGGGAGAGCUCCUGCAACACCUGGAAGAGGGACCGCAGAUUUAGAAUUUAGCACAGUGAGCCCGCCCCUUAGCAGCCCACCACUUAUCCCACUCUUGCCCAGUAGUCCAUACAUCACAGCCCCAAAGACUCCAGGAAGAGACAUUAUCCUGCCCAGAAGAUCAAUAGUCCACAAAAAGAAAUCCCAGGUGGCAGAAACGUCAGUGCCUCUGUCAUGUAAUAACAUUUUCAGAGUUUCCCCCAUCACGGUGUCCUCGCCAUUCAGCGUCUGUGACUCUUCAUGUGACAGCGUUGAUGGAAGGGAUGUCCAGAUCCGUUCAGGUGUGAGAGCAAAGCCUCUACAGGGACUGGAGAACAUGCCUGAGCUGUUGGACAAAGAAAAAAUCUUACUGAGGCUAAAACGAUGGAGGAGGCUGAAGAAGAGAAGGCGAGCCCGUCACUGGGAGAGAUCACUUAAAAGAAUCAGUCCGUUGUUCUCUCAACGUCGUCCUCACAGGUGGCGUUCACCCUACGAAGAGAGGAAAAUCCUUCAUAGCGUUUGGAAGGACGGCCUGGAUGAAGAAGAUGCAAGGUUUCUGCAGUGCACCUAUGAAAGGCUGCAGGUGCAGGAUAAUGGCUGUGGGUGGCUCAGUGACACCCUCUGGAAGACUCAUCCUCUGACUAAGGUCCUUACAGAGAAGAAUGAGGAGCAUAGAUCCUGGCAGCCGCACCACAGAACAGGCUCUGCUCGAAGUGAAGGUUUUUACAAAAUCAGCAGGAAAGAUAAAAUGAGGUAUCUGCACAACACGCGGCUGGCUGCGGAGCUUCCGUCUACAAGCGCUCAGGGAACGUGCAUUCCAGCCCAGCAACCCACUUCACUGCGAGCUGGGUCUGACUUCAGGUGUGAACAGCGCCGGCUGCUGUCCUCUUUCAGCUGUGACAGUGACCUGGUCAAGUUCAACCAACUCAAGUUCCGAAGGAAGAGGAUUCGUUUCAGCAGGAGUUACAUCCACGAGUGGGGCCUGUUUGCAAUGGAGCCUAUUGCUGCAGACGAGAUGGUGAUUGAGUAUGUGGGCCAAAUCAUCCGGCAGGUCAUUGCUGACAUGAGGGAGCAGAGAUACGAGGAGGAGGGCAUUGGAAGCAGCUAUUUGUUUCGGGUGGAUCAGGACACCAUCAUUGAUGCUACCAAAUGUGGGAACUUAGCCAGGUUUAUCAACCACAGCUGCAAUCCUAACUGCUACGCAAAGAUCAUCACAGUGGAGUCUCAGAAGAAGAUAGUCAUAUACUCCCGGCAGCCUAUAAACAUCAAUGAAGAGAUUACUUAUGACUACAAGUUUCCCAUUGAGGAAACGAAGAUCCCUUGUUUGUGUGGGGCAGACGGCUGCAGAGGCUCCUUGAACUAA